AUGACCGAUGCCAGCAACGCAGGAGAACGAGGCACAUCACCCACCUUAGAUGAGUCAGAUCCAGAACUACACUAUGAGGAAGAUGAAGAGGAUGAAGACAAUGAAGACAUGGAGAGGGGAGAUUCAGAAACCAGCAGCAUCCUCUCUGAUGACUCUGUUUAUCCUAUCUAUGAACAUGCUCCGUCUGACAGCAAUGACGGUACACAGCUUACCUUGUAUCAGUGCUGCAUCAAGAACGAUGCAAGGCUAUUACAGCAGAGGCUCCAUCAGGGGGUGACCAAAGAGGAAGUCAUGGAACUGGACAUCAAUGGACGGAAUGGCUUGCUGGUGGCUUGUUUCAAGGGCUUCGUAGACAUUGUCACUGUUCUCAGCAAAUGCCCCUGUUUAGAUAUCAAUCAUCAAGAUAAUGAUGGGAACACAGCACUCAUGAUAGCAGCUCAGGCAGGACACAUCACUAUUGUUAACUAUCUUCUGAACUACUAUCCAGGACUAGAGCUUGAGAUGCGAGACUUUAGAGGUUUGACUGCCCUCAUGAAGGCAGCAGUACAAGGGAGGAACGACUGUGUCGCAGCCUUGCUCAUGGCAGGAGCUGACAUGACUGCUGUGGACCCAGUUAAAGGAAAGACUGCACGAGAAUGGGCAGCUUUGACUGGACGCUUCGAAACUAUUGUCCGGAUUCGAACGCUCCUCCAACGUCCAUGUGCUGAGCAAUUCUCUAACAAAUACUUGCCACAAUGGCCUGCUUUGCCUGAGCUGGUGGCAGAAACAUUGGGCACAUCCAGAGCUAAGCGUCUGACUAAAAAAAUCUGUUCCACAUUCACUAUCAAUUUUCCACAUGACCCCGAGCCAGAUGGUGUGAUGGAUCACAUGGUGCGCAUGACUACUUCCCUGGCCAGCCCUUUUGUGGCUACAGCUUGCCAAACAAUCUGUCCUGAGAGCCCACCAGAAGUGGGCAAGCAGAGAUUCUCAGUGCCAGAGAUCCUCAAGGAGUAUAAACCAGAUCCUGAUGCCAAAUCCAUGGCCAGUGCAUCAUCCUGCAAUGGCCAGUUCAUGACACCCACACGGGUUCUGGUGCCAUACCAGCCACCCAGUACCCUGGUGAAGCUCCUGUCAAUUCCCUUGCGCCUGCACCGCAACAGCGUCUUCCCUGCUGGCAUCCCAAAAAUUGAACUCACCAGGUCGCCUCCCCAGUCAGCCCCCAAAGAGAAGAAGCCACGGCACUCCAAGAACAAGAACACAUUGGAGUUGCCCAAGUGGCGAUACAAGGAGCUCAAGGAGGAGAAGAAGAAAGCAGCAGAAGAAGCUGGGAAAACUAAGAAGAGCAAGGGGAAAAGCAAAAGUAAGAAGUCGUAG